GAACCAGUCAGCUGAGAUAUACCAAGUGGUGGUGGGUGGACAUAAGUUCUUGGACUGGGCAACACACACCAAGUUGUUCAACGUGUCAAAGAUUAUACUCCAUCCUAAUUACACACAGGAGGAAGACCUCACUGGGGACAUUGCUUUAGUUAAACUGCCAUCCCCUCUCAUUUUCACUGACUACGUCCGCCCUGUCUGCCUACCAGAUUCCUCUGUAAAAUUCCCUCAGGAUGCAAACUGCUCGAUCACUGGAUGGGGAGCUAUUCAAGAAAAAGUUGAUCUGCCUGAGCCACUAACCCUCCAGGAACUGAAAGUGCCACUCAUAAAUCAAUCAUUUUGCAACAUUCUGUAUAACACUGGUGGAAAUGACUCAAUGGGCAAGGAUCCUAUCAAGCAUGAUAUGAUCUGUGCUGGUUAUGUGGAAGGUAAAAAGGAUUCAUGUAAGGGCGACUCAGGAGGGCCCCUCGUGUGCAAGCUGCAUGAAUUCUGGAUCCAGGCUGGCGUUCAGAGCUGGGGACAUGGGUGUGCCCGAGCCAGCUAUCCCGGCGUCUAUGCUUCCACAACUUUCUAUGCCAAAUGGAUUGAUGAGACAUUGGCUGCCAAUAGUGGAAGGCAGAAUGGCAGAUGGCCCAGCACCUUCAUGGUCACACUGUUCUGGCUGUCUUCUGCAGCAGUGCUCCAUUGA